CAGAACAAUGUAUUUUUGUUUGUUAUUCAAUUGAACAACGCAACGCAAAAUAAGAGAUACCUCCAGGUCGGCUGUAAUUCACAUUAUUCAUUUAACAUACACCCCCUCGGAGUCCGCAUAAGAUCAGCAAUUACACACUGACAUGGCUGCGCAGCCGUUUCCAGGGAUUCUUGGCCUCAAUGAUGACUGUCUGGAGGAGAUAUUCGAUCGACUCCAGGACCUGCCGUCCGAGGUGGCCUUCUCGCGAACCUGCCAACGCUUCCAACACAUUUGCCAGUCCAAGUGGCGCACCAGCCGUGCCUACGAGCAGCUAGACCUGGACAAGUGGCGGGAACUGCUGCCUAACUACGAGGAUCUCAUCUACUUCCUAUCGCAGAUGCGGCCGCACAUCAAGGAGAUGUGCGUUAGCAGCUGUCUGUGCGCCCUGCUAAAGGAUCUGGACGAGAUGCACAUUUCGGAGCUGCCCGCAGUGGCCAGUUUUUACUACGAUCCCGAGGACGUGGACUGCUAUCCGUCGAAUCGAAGCAUUCGCAAGUUAGCCGGGCUGCUGCCGGGACUUCGGAAGCUGCGUCUCACAACACCCAUUGAUGGUCGUUACUUGUCCCAGUUCCAGCACCUGCAGGAGCUUCACCUGUACGAGGACUGGCACAAGGCCUAUGAGCUGCAGCAGGAGUAUCUGGAGGAGGUGUGUCACAAGCUGCAUGACCUGCGGGUGCUUGACAUACGCACCUACGACGUGAUUAGCAAACUGCAGCUGGUGAACUGUGUGCCCAGCCUUAGGAACCUAACCGUGCUCAAGCUAAACCUCGCCACGUUAAAGCCCGUUCUGCCGGCUGUCCUGGACCUACCCUCCCUCAAACAGCUGGUUGUGCUGCUGGACAACGAGUGGCACAUACCGCCAUUGGUCAGUCCGGAUAGCUAUGACCACAAGAUCCGUGAAGUCAGCGAGUUUUAUGAGAUAAUGGAGCGUAAGGCCGAGAACAUUGUGGGAUUCGCAGUGGACGGCUACUAUAUGCCUCUAGAGCCCGGCUGGGACGAGAAAUUGCCAAUUUGGACGCAUCGACGGCUUCAGCGGCUUGCCAUCUGCAGUUGGACCCAUCCAGCCGACUAUCUUGAACGCUACACCUGUAUGACAGACCUGCGCCUACUCUGCCUACGUAACUGGAACGACCUGAGCGACGACAUACUUCUUAAGUUUGUGGAACUGUGUCCGCGCCUGGAGCACCUGGACGUGUCCUACUGCCGUGAACUCACCCCCAAAUUCCUGACCCGCGCACUGAGUGUCCUUAAACAGCGAGAGCCCCACAAGCACAAGCCUGGCUUUGGGCGAUCACCACCCCUCCUGCUAUACUACGAACUCAGUGGCUUCGAGGAUUUUGUGGAUAAAGCGAAUCUCAAAUGCUCGCCGGACUAUCGGGAUUAUAUAGUGUUUACUGCCGACUUUCCCAUAGACUCUGAGCGGGGUCUUAGUUUUGUGGAUCGCGGCUAUCAGUUUGAAUUUGACUGUCCCUGAAUAUGUGAAAAGGAAAUAUAUUUAUUAUUAAAAAUAAUGUUGAACUAAAACCAAAAACGAAAAGUUAUAGCUAUGAUUAGAUGAUGAGAGUACCCCAAACAAAAUAGUUCAUUGUGAAUGGCAAAAAAUCAGCUGUUUCUGUUUGUUAAUAGCAUAUUGUGAAAACGAAAUUAAGGAGUUUAGCAAAGAGUUGGGUUUAAGAAGAUAUGGAAAUGGAGAAUCAACGAAAAAGACAGCUCAAUUAUACUCCCAAGGAGGAGAAUGCUCUCAUUGCGUUAGUGGUGGAUAGGAAGGACAUCAUUGAGAGUACCAGAAAUGAUGCAGUAGCCUGGAAACAAAAGGAUGAAGCUUGGAAAGACAUAGCUGAAUUCUUUUCUAAGAUCACUGGUGUUCAUCGUCCUGCCAAGAUGUUGAGAAACAAAUAUGAUAAUAUAAAGAAAAAAGUAAAACAAGGAAAUUAUGACAAUGAACAUAUAUCGAAAAUAGUUUUAACAAAAGCUGAAAAAAUAAAACAAUUAAUGGCAGAUGAAGGUCCUUCUUGUAGUAUAAAAGCCGAAAGUGAAGAACCCUUGUAUAAUAUUAUCGAGUUAAAUGAGGAAAGCUGCCAUGACGAUACAUCAACUCUAGAAACGUCGCCGAUUGAGAGAUCAUCUAAAAAACGAGGAACAAAAAUCGAUGUUGGAAGUUUACUUCAGGAAGAAAAGUUGCAAUUAAUUAAAGCACAACGCACUUUCUACGAACAGGAAAAUCUAAGAGCACAGGAAAAGCAUAUGGAGGAAAUGGAAACAUUGAGCGCUAAGCGGGAGCUACUCUAUUUGGAAAUUGCUGAAAAGAAACGGAAAAUGAAUCAGGAAUCCUCCAAAAAAUGACAACCCGAAUUGUAGACUAUUUUAUCAAUU